AUGCCUUCCCCUCCGCCGCCUCCGAUGUCCACGCUGCACAAGUCCUGCUCGUCGCCGUCGCCGUCGCCGUCGCCGCCUAAGCUGCAGCGAGCUCCGGACAGCAGGCACAAGCCUAUCUGCGGCGGAGCCUGCAGGCUGCCGAUCACCAGGAGAGCUCACGCCGCCUCCCUCCUCCUCCUCGGCCUCGCGGGCGCGGCGGUGUCGGCGCCGGCGCCGGUCAGGGCGGCGGAGGAGGAUGGGAGCGGCGGCGAGGAGGGCGUCCUCGGCGCCAUCAAGUCCAUCUUCGACCCCAACGAGAAGACCAAGGCCGGGAAGGUGCUGCCCAAGGCGUACCUCAAGGCGGCCAGGGAGGUGGUGCGCACGCUCCGGGAGUCGCUGGAGGAGGACGACGGCGGCGACAUGGCCAGGUUCCGCCGGAACGCCGACGCCGCCAAGGAGUCCAUCAGGGAGUUCCUGGGCGGAUGGAGAGGCCAGCAGGCCGUCGCCGCCGAGGAGUCGUACGUCGCGUUGGAGAAGGCGAUCAGAUCACUGGCGGAGUUCUACACCAAGGCAGGGCCAUCCGCCCCACUUCCACAGGAUGUCAAGAACAAGAUCCUCGUUGACCUCAGCACCGCAGACGCCUACCUCUAG